UCAUCCCGUUUGUUUCCAACAAAUCGGCAAACUCGGUUUCGUGCGUCAACUCCGGUCGGGUGGUUCGGGAAAACUUUGGGAAAGCCAAACUCGCGGAAAAGCCAGAGCAAAAGCCGCGCCGUUCGGUCAAAAGUGAGAGCGAGCGAGCGAGAGCCAAGCAGCCAAGUGCGUCUUGCAGGGAAAAAGUCAUUCUUCACAGCAUCGCAUCCCGCGAGUUGAAAAACCCCCCGUCUGUGCGUGUGCGUGUGUGGUGAGUGUGAAGUUUUUCCGCGUGCCAAACGUGAAAGGUGAAAGUUUGCGUGUCGAGAAAAACACACACCCUCGGGAAGGAAAAACCCCGUGUUCCGGCAUCCGAGUGUCCGUGCGCGACGUCAGCAUCCAAAGUGCUCGAGGAUUCGAACAAGUUCCGAAACAAAUCGUCCUAGCAUCCUCACCGGAAUGGCUGCUGCACCCGUUAUCAUUCCAUCGGUCGCGAAGCAUACCUCGACGCUAAUCUUCCUUCAUGGCCUUGGCGAUACCGGCCAUGGAUGGGCCACAUCGAUGGGAGCGCUCCGUACGCCCGACAUGAAGGUGAUCUGCCCGACCGCACCGAACAUGCCGGUUACGAUGAACGGCGGCUUUCGGCUGAACUCGUGGUUCGACCUGAAGUCCAUCUCGAUCAGCGACCCGGAGGACGAGGAGGGCAUCAAGAAGGCGACCCGGUACGUGCACGAGCUGAUCCAGAGCGAGAUGAAGGCGGGCAUUUUGUCGAACCGGAUCAUGCUCGGCGGGUUCUCGCAGGGCGGUGCGCUCGCGCUGUACGCCGGCCUGACGUUCGCCGAACCGCUGGCCGGUGUGAUGGCCCUGUCCUGCUGGCUGCCGCUGCACAAAAGCUUCCCGAGCGUGCGAAAGUGUCCGGAUACGGUGCCGGUCCUGCAGUGCCACGGUGACUGUGAUCCGAUCGUGUUCUACAAGUUUGGUCAAUUAUCGUCCAGUGUGUUGAAGUCGUUCAUGAAAAACUCGCACUUUCAAACGUACCAGGGACUGGGGCACAGUUCCUGCGAUGCCGAAUUGAGCGACAUGAAGAAAUUCAUCGACGAUCAUGUUCCUCGCCAGUGAAGCGGCUCAAGCCGACACCCCGAUGCGGCUCUACUAAACGCUCCAAAUGCUGCAAUUCGCUUACAUUCGUCAGAAAACAAACAAAAAAACCGUACGUAAAGAGAGGCGGGAGGGUGAUAAUAUUUGCGAGUUAGAAACUAUUACUUAGCAGUUGGAGUGGAGAACGGUAGUAUCUUUGGCAAACGAAUGGCGUGGGGUGACGCAUAAAAAUCAAGUAAAACAAUAAUUGUAAUUUAUUCCAUCUCGGAAGGAGCUAAUUGGCACGAAUUCUAAGCAUUACUCGCAGCAGCAGCAGUAGUAGUACGCAUGCAAUAUUUAAAAAAUACGGCAGCCGCCCCCCACGGCGCGUCCUUCCCGCGGGCAAUCGUGUGCGUAGUGAAAGCAAUCAUAAAGCAAAAAACGCGAAAAGAAAAGGGAGGCUGAUAAGCGAUGCAAAGCCAAAUGAUGAACGUUAAACUAUCCUAGACAUGUGGACUGCAAAACAAUACAGAAACUGAGUCAAUGUUUAAAAACACAUAAAAACACACACCCACUUGCUCUAAAACACACGCCCUUUUCAUGCAAUAUUUUUGAAGGUAACACCCGGGGGCAGAAGCGUUGACACGUUCGUUUACCCCUUCUUGCUUGAGACGUUUAAAAGGUAGAAAAGUCCCCCCAGAAUGACCCAAUUGAAGCAAAAAAACAGGGUAAAUUGUGAAGAGCGAGACGAAUGAACACAAGAGUGAUUCGCAUUGUUGAGACUACCUAUAUUACUACAACUAGCAUUUGAGUAGACGUUGGCCAUUUGCGGUUUUAGAUGACUAGCAACAACAAAGGGAAGAGAGAGUAUACACACACACACACCAAAAGGGAAUGUAAUUGAAUGCAACUAGCAGAGGACGCAAAGUAUUGAAAUCCUUUGAAAGGAGGGCAAACGUAUACAAGAGCACGUUGGCGUCUCACCACACCACCAACACAGAGCGAUGGAAAAAGUUAAACUUUUCAUUUUCCUUUAGUCAGCUACGGACGCUAUGGAGAGGAAGAACCUGGAACCGGCCGGAUUAGUAUUAGUGAGACAGUGUUUCUUCUUGCAAACUAGAUUUUCGUCCAAACCCUUUUCCUUUCGAGAGUUGAGAGUUUUCGUUUGCUUUUCCUUGUUUUAUUUCUUACCUAAAUAUCCAAUAAAAGCAGAUUUUAGCACCACACAACACUGUGGCCAGCUCGUCGUGGUAGGAUGAUUGAUUGAUAAUCAAAAGCAGAGAGAGAGAGAGCAAACAAAUUAAUCACCAAUCACAGCAACAUAAAGACAAUGAGCAAAUACAUGUUCUUUGUAAAGGUGGAGCGCCAUACAAGAACCGAUAAGCCCUAUAAAACCUAGAAAUCCACGGCUUCAGAUAUCUUUCCGCGUUUGGAAACCGCACUAAAUACCAAUAUUUAAAAUUUGCGCCCACUCCCCUCUGAAAGGGGCUGAAAGAGUUAGUGCCACUUCAGACUGUUCCGACAAGACCGAGCGGACGUUAAGUUAAGAAAACAUGAAACACCAUGCAAGCGAGAAGAGAGGGUGCGAAAGAGGCUACCACAAGGGCGGCGCAAUCCCGUAUGUACUACUCAGCUACAACUACACAUGUAUUCUGGAGCCGGUGUGCUAAAACAAAAAAAAAACACUGCAAGAGAUUUAAUAAUAUAUUUUAGGUUAACAAAAACAAAAACUUCGAAAUCCCGAA